GCAGCUGUGGGGCAAUUCCUGGCCACCAUGGUGCCACCAGGCGUUUACAAGAGAGACCCCAAGUGCAGGUUCCAGAAUGUGUCUGGCCCCGGUGGCCCAUUCCCAGCAGUGAGGCUCUGCAACAGCUACUGGAGCAGAGAGAGCACCGGGCUGCAGCAGGCAGAGGAUGUGGACAACCUCCUGCUGGGGAUGAGCUCACAGAUUGCCGAGCGGGAGGACAACAUUGUGGUGGAAGAUCUCCAAGAUUACUGGUACGGGCCCCUGAAGUACUCCCGCACUGACUACGUGGCCAGCUGGUUUCAGCGUGGGCGAGACCUUGGCCUGCCCACCUAUAACCAAGCCCGGGAGCGAUUUGGGUUGGAUCCUCUCCAGAACUGGUCAGACCUUGCCCCACACCUGGAGCAACAGGUCCUGGACAAGGUCGCUGCUCUGUAUGCCAACAACACGGCCAGGCUGGAGCUGCUCCCCGGAGGCAUGCUGGAGGCUGACGGCUCCCUCUUCAGUGCCAUCAUCCUGGACCAGUUUGUGCGCCUGCGUGAUGGUGACAGAUUUUGGUUCGAAAACACCAAGAAUGGGCUGUUCACAGUGGAGGAAACCAGUAAGAUCCGUAACACCACCUUCCAUGACGUCCUGGCUGCCAUCACCUCUGCAGACCCCACAGACCUCCAGCCCCACGUGUUCGUCUGGAGCACAGAGGACCCGUGCCCCCAGCCCCAGCAGCUGACAGCUCAACACCUGGCCCACUGCACACCCAUGACCGUGCUUGACUACUUCGAAGGCAGCGGCGCAGGCUUUGGGAUCAUCAUCGUUGUCCUCUGCUGUCUGCCUUUAGUGACUCUGUUUGUUGCCUGGAUCGUUGCCGUUCUCCGCAGGAGAGAUUUCAAGAAGCUGCAGAAGAAGCACAGCUCCAGCGUGCGGAGGGAGGUGACCAUGGAGGCCUUACACGCCAUGGAGUGGCACGGUCCCAAGACAGACAGCUCUCCCGUCUUCAUUCAGCUCCAAGCUGAUAAAGUGCUCAAAGUGCUGGAUGGGAGAGGGUCUGUGCUCCGGAGCAUCAGCCUGAAAACCCAUCAAAGGGUGGAGGUGAUCCUCUCUAGCAACAAAGGGAACAAAGCUCUGCUCCUGAAGAGCCCCAAGGAGUAUGACCUGGUGCUGCUUUUCAGCGAGGAGGCUGAGAGGAGCAGUUUCAUUGGGAAGCUACGAGGCUACUUGGAGGAGAGCGGCCUUGAUCUGCAGGUAUCUGAGAUGAAGGAGCAGAACCUGAUGAAACAGGCAGUCACCCAGGAGCAGAGAAAACAAAUUCUUGAGACUUUCUUCAGGCACCUGUUUGCUCAGGUGCUGGAAAUCGACAGGUCUGAUGCUGGAGAGCUCAACUUUGAAUCUUCACAGAAGGCAAAGGAAUCUCUGACAUGUGAGCUGAGCAGGGCUGAGUUUGCCGAGGCCCUGGGGCUCAAAGCCCACUCCAUGUUUGUGGAGUCCAUGUUCUCCCUGGCCGACAAAGACGGCAAUGGCUACAUCUCCUUCCGGGAGUUCUUGGACAUCUUGGUGGUCUUCAUGAAAGGGUCCCCAGAGGAGAAGUCCAAGGUGAUGUUCAGGAUGUAUGACAUUGAUGAGAACGGGUUCCUCUCCAAGGAGGAGUUUCUGAGGAUGCUCAGGUCCUUCAUCGAGAUCUCUAACAACUGCCUGUCAAGAGAGCAGGCAGAGCAGGUGACCGAGUCGAUGUUUCGGGCCUCAGGGUUUCAGGACAGGGAUGAGUUGACAUGGGAGGAUUUUCACUACAUGCUGCGGGACCACGACAGCGAGCUUCGUCUCACUCAGCUCUGCAUCAAAGGUAUCCCCGAGGUGCUCAAGCAAAACCUGCACAACCGCGUCUCCUUCAUAAAAAAGAAAGAGCCAAAAGAAACCAUCGUAGAGGAGGAGAAAGAACUGGACACCGUGAGCCACUAUGUGGAGCAAGAAGGGCAAGAGCUGAGGAAGAGACCAGGCAGAAAGGUGAAUCAGAACCAGUUGCAUUUGUACACUGAAGCACAACGGAGGAAGUACGAGCGGAACAAAGUUCAGCAGAAGAUCCAGGAGUUUAAGCGCUUCAUUGAGAAUUACCGGCGCCAUAUUGUCUGUGUGGUCCUCUUCUCUGCCAUCACCGCUGGCCUGUUCGUGGAGAGAGCCUACUACUACGCCUUCGCAUCCCCCAGCACUGGAAUCGCACAGACCACCUUUGUGGGGAUCAUCAUCUCUCGGGGAUCAGCUGCCUGCAUCUCCUUCAUGUACUCCUACAUCCUGCUCACCAUGUGCCGCAACCUCAUCACUGUCCUGCGGGAGACCUUCCUCAAUCACUACAUCCCCUUCGAUGCCGCUGUGGACUUCCACCGCUGGGUUGCCAUGGCGGCCCUGAUUUUCUCAGUGCUCCACACUGCAGGUCACGUAGUGAACGUCUACAUCUUCUCGGUCAUGCCUCUCAGCGUGUUGUCCUGCCUCUUUUCCAGUGUCUUUAUGGAUGAUGGGUCACAGCUCCCACAGAAGUAUUACUGGUGGUUCUUCCAGACUAUUCCAGGCAUGACAGGAGUGCUGCUCCUCGUGAUCCUGGCUGUGAUGUAUGUGUUUGCCACCCACCACUUCCGACGCGUCAGCUUCCAGGGCUUCUGGAUCACCCACCAUCUCUAUGUGCUCCUCUACGUCCUGGUCAUCAUCCACGGCAGCUACGCGCUGAUCCAGCAGCCCCGCUUCCACAUCUACUUCAUCAUCCCAGCUCUCAUCUACAGCGCAGACAAGCUGCUCAGCCUGAGCAGGAAGAAGGUGGAGAUCAGUGUGGUGAAAGCCGAGCUUCUGCCCUCAGGGGUCACCCACCUCCGGUUCCAGCGGCCGCAGGACUUUGAGUACAAGUCCGGGCAGUGGGUGCGCAUCGCCUGUGUGGCCCUGGGCACCACCGAGUACCACCCCUUCACCCUGACCUCAGCGCCGCACGAGGACACGCUGAGCCUGCACAUCCGGGCCGUGGGGCCCUGGACCACCCGCCUGCGGGAGCUCUACUCCCCAGAGAGCCUGGCCCUCAUCGGCAAGCUGCCCAAGCUCUAUCUGGAUGGGCCCUUUGGGGAGGGCCACCAGGAGUGGAACAAGUUCGAGGUGUCGGUGCUGGUGGGAGGAGGCAUCGGGGUGACGCCCUUUGCAUCCAUCCUCAAAGACCUGGUCUUCAAGUCAUCCAUCAGCUCCAAGCUGCUGUGUAAGAAGAUCUACUUCAUCUGGGUGACGCGCACGCAGCGGCAGUUUGAGUGGCUGGCAGACAUCAUCCGCGAGGUGGAGGAGGCAGACGGGAAUGACCUAGUCUCCGUGCACAUCUACAUCACGCAGCUGGCCGAGAAGUUCGACCUGCGCACCACCAUGCUGUACAUCUGUGAGCGGCACUUCCAGAAGGUGCUGAACAAGAGCCUGUUCACGGGGCUGCGCUCCAUCACCCAUUUCGGGCGCCCGCCCUUCGUACCCUUCUUCAGCUCACUGCAGGAGGUUCACCCCGAGGUGCAGAAGAUCGGGGUGUUCAGCUGUGGCCCGCCCGGGAUGACAAAGAGCGUGGAAAAGGCUUGUCGACAGCUGAACAAGAAGGACCAGACCUACUUUGCACACCACUAUGAGAAUUUCUGA